UGUGUGCUGACUUCUGUCAUUUUUCUCCGUGUACGUCAUUCACCUGGAACACGUGGCUCGAUCCUCACAUCACUGACCCUUGGUAUGCCACAACAUAAGCUGCAGGUUUCUCCUCCUCUGAUGACAUUCCUCUGUAUGCGUCCUGUGACAUUUCUUUACAAUUAUGAUGAGGAAGAAGCAAUGAGUGACUGGAGUGACUUGUUGUCCUUGUGACUGAAGCAGCCAGUACUGAAUGUCGAGGACAAUGAAGAAGCUGCUGUUCUCCAUUGCAGCAUUCUGCACACUUUCUUUCCUCACAGGGAUCAUCUACAGAAUAAAUAUGAGAGGACUUUCCAUAAAGCAGAGCAGUAAAACAGCAACAACUGAUCAUGACAACUUGGCCAAAGACGACCCAUCAGGACGAAGAGUUACACACCCUUUUGAAGUUGACUGAAUGGCCACUACCCCUGCUCAACACAAGUUUAGAGUUUUCUACCAAUCCAAGAACUUCAAUAUAUUUUUUGCUUCAUCCUCGCUCUACCUAUGUCGUGGGAGAAAAGUUGGAGGUUCUCAUCAUAGCAAAAGACCAUAAAGGCCGAACUAAGAGCUAUGGUGGAGACUAUUUCCAUGCUAAGCUUCAUUCCCCAAGCCUGAAAGCUGGUGUCAGUGGUUCUGUUUCCGACAACUACAAUGGUACCUACACAGCUUCCUUCAUUCUUCAGUGGCCAGGUGAGACCAUGGUCUCCAUAAAACUCAUGCAUUCCAUUGAAGCCAUUGCAAUUUUGCAUGAAAAAAGAUCCACACGCCCAGAUAAGGUUUUCUUCAAAGGUUAUUUUUUUAAAAACGGGAGAGAAGAAGUGGUGGAAUGUAACUUUAACCUUCCUGGGCAAGACGUUUGUGAAUAUUAUGACUCACGGAAUGAAGAAAAAUGGGUGUGUAAGAGGCCGAAAACACUACCAUGUGACGCUCUUCGAGACCACUCAUCUGGAGGCAACCGUGAUAUCCUAAGCAUAGAAGAAAAAAAGUUUUUCUCAAUGUCAUUGAUUGAACAAGAAAUUUCAUCAAAAGUCGAAUCCUUUAAUGUUCUUCCUCAAAAAGAUGACAUCAAAGUAAAGAACUCUUGUGUAUCCGGGCUGAAGAAUCCAAAUCCCUCCGGAUUUUAUUACCAGGACACAUGGACUUCCCUUGUCUGCUCCAAUCAAGAGUUCAAUACGUCCAACAAAGUUGCAAAUUGUCUCGCUGGAAAAAUGGUCUACAUGUUCGGAGACUCCACACUCCGCCAGUGGUGGGAAUAUCUAGUGAAGUUUGUUUCAACUCUCAAGCAAAUCGAUCUUCACGUGACUCAUAAUCCUGGCCCAUUGUUAGCAACAGACUCAGAGCAUAACUAUAUAGUGCAGUGGAGAGUGCACCAGAAGCCUCUGCGCAUGGAGCGUACAGGAAUUCAAGAGCUACACUACGUUGCUACAGAGCUGGAUGGACUGGGAGCCCGGAAAGGAAUGGUCAUCGUGUUGACUUGCUGGAGUCACUUUCUCACCUACCCCUUAGCAUUUUAUGUACGGCGCCUGAAGCACAUUCGAGAGGCAGUAAUACAGCUCUUGGAACGUAGCCCUAAUACAAAGAUUCUCAUUAAAUCAGCCAACACCGGAUAUAAGUUCGACCAUGGCAGUGACUGGUUAUCCUACCAGCUGGACACAGUGAUGAGAGCCAUGUUUUCCACACUGCCAGUGACCAUACUGGAUGUCUGGCAAAUGACCUCUUGCCACAGAUUUCCAGAAAACCUUCAUCCGCAAGAGAUCAUAAUCAAAAAUGAGGUGGACCUGAUGUUGUCAUUUAUAUGUCCUCAGUAAUUGCACCAUUUUCAGUAUACCACACCUUUUAUUCAGACAUAUGUAUCUCCAUGGUUACAGACUACAUGUAAACCCUGUGUAGUCUGAGUCUCAAGUCAUACUGUCGUCUCAAUGCCCUUUACUAAUUCCUAAACGUAUGCCUUCAAGAAGCUGCAAGUUCAGACUAUACAAGGUUUCGUGCACUCUGUAAUAGAGUUGAGAGCUUCCCAAAUUUCCCAAAAUAUUUGGAUUUUAACAAACCCAAAUUUUUGGGUGAUUUGUUGAGAGAGAGAGAGAGAGAGAGAGAGAGACUAGUAUGCUACUUGGGGUUUCUGGGAAAAAUAUGUGUUGUCUGCUAGGUACUAUCUAUCUAUAUUUUUAUCUUAUCUCUUCAGAAAUAUGAGACCAGAGAGCCGUCAUUUACCAAUUUCCAGGGCAAUUGGAAAAUUUUUAAUUAGGUAGAAAUUAUUCAGACCCAAAAAAAUGUUCGAAAAUGUUUCCUCUACUCUGUAACCCAAGAUAUGCAUUAAAAGGGACUUUCUGGUUUCCUGUAUUGAUAACCGAACAUCAAGAUAGGUCACCAAUAUCAGAUCAGCAAGAGUUGGACUCCAAGUACUGUGCAUGUAUGAAGAGACUGCAGAGCUCCUCCGAGACAGAUAGACAUGUACUGUGCAAAAGUUUUAGACAGGUGUCGGGAAAAAUGCUACAAAUUAAGAAUGCUUCUAAAAACAGAAAUGUUAAUAAUAUUUUUGUUAGUUAACAAAUUGCAAAGUGAAUGAACAAAAGAGAAAUCUUAAUUCAGCAUUAGUUCUUCGAGGUACACCUGCCCACAGUUUGUGCAUGAGCAUGGCAGGGAGGCGCUUUCAAGCAUCUUAGAGCAGUGUUUCCCAACCAGUGUGCCUCCAGCUGUUGCAAAACUACAACUCCCAGCAUGCCCGCACAGCCAAAGGCUGUCCAGGAAUGCUGGAAGUUGUAGUUUUGCAACAGCUGGAGGCACACUGGUUGGGAAACACUGUCUUAGAGAACUGAGUGACCAUAGAUCUUCUGUGGACGUAGGCUUGCUCAGAUCCUUCUUUCUCUUCAUGUAGUCCCAGACAGACUGGGUGAUGUGGGACUCCAGGACUCCUUGUUCUUUUUUAUGGUGAAGAUAGUUGUUAAUGACAUUGGCUGGAUAUUUGGGGUCAUUUUCCUGCAGCAGAAUACAUUUAAACUAUUAUCACUUUUGCACAGCACUCUAUAUACACUCGUUGACCAAAAGAAUAACGUAUCAAGAAGAAGUUGUUGGAAGAGAAUGACACUUUCUGUGUGUGAAUGAAAUUAUGAUAGACAAUGCAUUCGGAAAGUCUUCAGAUCCUAUCACUUUUUAUCACAUUUUGUCAUGCUGUGAACUUGUUCUAAAAUAAAAAAAAACUGUU